AAAAUAAUAGUUUUAUUAAUAAAUAUUUAUUAAAAAUUGCAAAAAUGAGUAAUCUCACUCUAUCUAUCAGAAAGGCCAUUUUAAAAAGAAUUUUCCGUCUGUGUAAUCUUUAUUUUACUGAAAAUAAUAAUCUAAUUGGGUCUCUCUAUUUCUUACAGUAUUAUAGAAGUUUUAAUGUAAAAAUAACCGAUACAAAUGAACAUGAUAUUUUUUUAAAGCUAAUCCACUUUUCUUCUCAAGUUACAAAGAUUACCAUUGAUUCAAUUUCCGAAACUCCCUCUAUUUUUGAUUAUUACUCGCCCUCAAUCAUAAGACCGAAUCUUACCUCUUUGAAAUUCGCCGAUAUGGAGUAUAACGUUCCAAUUAAAUCAAGAAUGAUCCCAUGUACUUUAAGAGAACUUACUUUGCCAACAGAUUAUAAUCAUCCACUUCAUGAAGUCCAUCUUUCAAACAAUUGCCCUUAUUACAUUCCAGUUUUUCCCGUAUAUGGAUUGACUAAAUUGUACAUUACCAACUCUUUUAAUCAACCAAUUCUUCCAAACGUACUUCCAAGAACUUUAAGAGAACUAAAAAUUGGUGUUUCCUUCACCCAAAAAUUGUAUUUCGAAAGUAUUCCAAACUCUGUUACUUUUCUUAAUCUUAACUGCCCAAAUUAUAAUCAUCAGCUUGUUCCAAGAAUCCUUCCAAGAAAUUUAAAAAAGCUAAAGAUGUGUAAUAAUGUUCCGUUAUUACCUGGAUCUUUACCAGAUUCUAUUACUUAUCUCAAACUAGGCGGCCACUUUAACCAUCCUAUUACUCCUAAUCUUUUACCAAAAAGUCUUCAAAAAAUUUCCUUUGGUCCAAGUUUCAACAGUAACUUUGUUCCACCUGAAAAUGUCCAUACAAUCAUUUUUGGCGAAGCAAUGACUUGUGAACCACAAAACUUUACAAACAAUGUCAGAUGUGUAGUAGUCAACAACUCCCAUUAUUCAGAAUUACCAAAUACUAUUAAUGAACUUAUCAUUAAUGCCGAAAAAAAAAGACAUAAAAGAUUUCCAGUGAAUCUCAAUUAUUUAGAACUAAUUUGUCCAAAUCCUUUCGAAUUUAGAAAUGAUGAGUUACAACCACUCACUCGUCUAAAGCAUCUUAGACUUCUUGAUGCUUAUAUAAGAAUUAAUGUUGCCCAAAUACCAAUAUCCAUAGUAUCGCUCGACCUUGAAUGUAUAGACACAGAUGAUCCUCUAGAAAAUCUAGACCUAAGCCCAUUGGUAAAUCUUCAACUCUUUAGUUUAGGUGAUGUACAUCCCGUAAAUGCUACAUUUCCACCAUCACUUCGUGCAAUCAAAUUUUAUGGUACUCAACAAGAAGUGUUUGCAAAUAAUUAUUUUCCAGCAACCCUUGAAAUCCUUCAACUAUCAAGAUAUCAUGUCCAGCCUCUAUCAAACACAUGGCUUCCAUCGUCAUUGAAAAUCCUUAUCCAUCCUGGUGAACCUGUUAUUGCUGAAGAUUAUAGACAUCCAAAUCUCAUGAAAUUUUAUAUUAGUUAUAGAAAUAGAUCGGUAAUUAGAGACUCUGAUUUUAUUAAUGCUAAUUAUAGAAUUAUGGAUACAUAUAAAACUAAACAUGGCGUAAUCAUUGAAGACCUUUUAAAUUUUGAUCUACCAUUCCAAAGAAAGGAUAGAUAUAGUAAUAGAUUUUAUAUGGCAAAUAACUAAACUAAAACAAAUAAAAACUUUUUUAAUUUUAAAAU